GAGUCCGAAACCGAAACCUUGCUCAACACCAAGCUCAACGCCAUGCUCUACCAUACGUCCGAGGACUCGAUCGACAUGUACCGCAAUGAAAUCCACUCGCUGGAUCUCUUGGGGCGGCUCUACUAUGACGACUACGAUCCGGAGAACCUCCAGGUGGUCGAACGCGUGACGUCCUUCACGUCGCUCCAGGCAUUGGCACGUAGCCGUGCGUCUCCGGCGAUCGGCGGCACGCCAGGGCCGGAACAGGGGUAUUUGAAGGUGCCAAGCGCGGCCGCCAAACGGCCGCUGUUCGAGCGCCAGGUGUCGUUCGACACGCUCAGCGACACGCGGCACCUGGCAAUCACACUCAAGGUGAAGCACCCGGAGUUCAAGUUCCGGCGAAACAACAAGACGUUUCUCAUUGGCUUCAGCAACGACUCGGAGCUGAUGAAGGCAGUCGAGUGGGCGUUCUUGGAGAUGGUCAUCAGCGGCGACACCAUCAUUGUGUUCCAGGUCUUGGACGAGAAGUGCCACACGUUCGUGGACCCGUCGCUUGCGGAGAUCGUGUUGGAAAAGUUGAAGAAGUUGAACACGCACAGCAAGCGCAUCUCGCUCGUGUUCGAGGUUGUGAUCGGCCACCCGCAGAAGUUGCUCAAAAAGGCCAUCUUGGAGUACAAGCCGGCCAUGAUGAUCGUGGGCACGCACCAGUACGGCCCGCUGCGCCCGAACACGCCCCACACGGGCCACCCCACGCCGCUCCACCGGUCGCUCUUUUCGAAAUCCUCCACAUCCAAGUACUUUCUCCAGUACGCGUUGGUGCCUGUGAUCCUUGUCAAGCCGUUCUACACAAUCCACGAGACGCUCGACAAGCCCGUGGACUCGGAAAACUACUUCCGCGACUGGCUCGCCAACAUCGACGUGGCGCAUACCCGCGAGAAGAAGAAGAAACACACGUUCGGCAUGCGCAGCCGGCUGCUGUCCAGAAACCUGUCGCAGACGUCGCUC